AUGGUGCGCUUUGCUGUCCCCCUCUGCCUGGGCGGUGCCGUUAUGGCUUCUGCUACUGCUGCGUCGUCAUCGUCGUACAUCCAGUAUUCGACUGUCAAGGGCUAUUUCCUGCAAGACAACAACUCUGCCAAUGCCACCACCUUCGACUACACGGCAUCCAACUUUGGCCUGAUCAACCAGACAUAUCCGAGCGAUUCGCAUGAUGCAGCGUCAUUGACUCAGUGGGAGAGGUUCAGCCACCUCGUCUGGUCGCUCAACGCCAAUGCUCCAAAGAAUGUCGAGUACAAGGUGCUCUUCUUGGGUCGCCACGGGGAAGGCUACCACAAUGCCGCUGAAUCCUACUAUGGUACUCCGGCCUGGAACUGCUACUGGUCUCUCCUGCAAGGUAACGAGUCAGUGACGUGGGCGGAUGCACACUUGACGAAAAAAGGCAUCUCCCAAGCCCUCAAGGCGAAUGCGUUCUGGCUGUCUCGCAUCCAGACACAGAAGAUACCCACGCCACAGAGCUACUAUGUCUCUCCGUUGAGCCGCUGCCUCGCCACGGCAAAUCUCACCUUCGGCGGUCUUCCCCUGCCCGCGAACCAUCCAUUCCUGCCGACCGUCAAGGAGAAACUCAGAGAGGGUAUCUCCGAGCACACGUGCGAUCAUCGUAGCAACAAGACCUACAUCCACCACACGUUUCCAUCUUGGAACAUUGAGCCUGGAUUCACUGAGUACGAUGAGCUGUGGACCGGCGUUACAAGUGAGUCAGACUCUGCCCAGGAUCUUCGGUCGAAGCAAGUGCUGGACGACAUCUUCUCGACCGAUUGUUCGACGUGGCUUAGUUUUACGAGCCACUCGGGUGAAAUCGCGUCGAUAUUGAGAGUGCUUGGGCACAGGUCCUUCUGUUGA